ACACAUACACACACACACACAAGUGUGCACGCACACGCACACAUGCUCGCACACACCCUCUCUCGCGCAUGUUGAUUUAUGGAAACAAUUAUGAUUCUGUCGCAGUCUUUCUGAGCUCUGAAAGUUUGUAGCUACAGUAGAGCGUCUCAUGUUGCAAAAGGCAGACAACAGAAAUGGAAUACUUGUGUGUCCAGCUGUUAUCAACAGGAGCAAAUCUUUUGCUUUCAGUGCGAACAGAGAAUACAAGUAGCAAAGGAGGACGCAGCAGCCGAGGUUAUUGCAACCUGCUUCUUUAAAGGGUACCCUGGCUGAAAGGAUUUUUAAGGGUCAAUUCUCUUCGAUACCUGCAUCUUAAAAAUAGUAAGGACUGGAAUUCUGGAAGAGGGAACAGUCGCUGGUUAAAUUACUUUACAAUUCAAGGGAAAGGCAGAGGACAGGUCAAUGACCAAGGAAAGACGAUCUACUGAAGACGGAUUUUUUUCAUUAUGUUGUUCGUGAGCACCCAGAACACUGCACUAUAAUGCACAAAUGGAUAUUGACAUGGAUCCUGCCAACUUUGCUCUACAGAUCAUACUUUUACAUUAUCUUCCUUGUGGGCGCUAUAUCAUUAGCUUGCAAUGACAUGACCCCGGAGCAAAUGGCUACAAAUGCAAACUGUUCUUCCCCUGAGCGACAUACCAGAAGUUAUGAUUAUAUGGAAGGGGGGAAUGUAAGAGUAAGAAGACUUUUCUGUCGAACUCAGUGGUAUAUCAAGAUUGAUAAGAGAGGCAAGAUAAAAGGAGUAUUGGAGCGUAACAGCAACUACAGUAUUCUCGAAAUAAGAACAGUGGCAAUUGGAAUAGUGGCAAUCAAAGGAGUGGCAAGUGACUACUUUCUAGCCAUGAACAAGUCCGGAAAACUCUAUGGAAAGAAAGUAUGCAAUGAGGACUGCAACUUCAUAGAAUGGAUUCAAGAAAACCAUUAUAAUACAUAUGCUUCAGCAAACUGGACACACAAAGGGAAGGAGAUGUAUAUUGCAUUGAAACAGAAUGGCGCCCCCAAGAGAGGUCAGAAAACAAGUAAAGAAGAUAUAUCUUCCCAAUUCCUUCCACGGCCAGCACCCUAAUCACAUAUCUAUGGAGAACCAGUUCCAGCAAAAUGUUUAAUUUCAUAAAGGAACUGUUUGAAAGUUCAAGGAAGAGAAGCUGGAAUACUACUGAAAAACUGAACAAGCUGGACUUGCGCAUUUAUGUUUAUUUUUAAGAGACUGCCUUU